CUUAGGACGUCCCCUGUCUCCACAACAAACAGGUCACGCAGAUAAGAGGGUUGUGAGUACCUCUCCGUGGGCUGACAGCGUGUCGGUGUUUAUAUCCACUGGAUUUUUGAAUUCAGUUAUUCUUUUCCGUGAUUCAUAUUAAGAUAUUUACGCUGAUGGGACAUGGUGAUGGCUUCUACGUCGACAACGUCCAGAGGAAACAUGGCGUCUGAUUUGGAGAUGUCAAACCUCCAAGGCAUAGAGGCCUUGAAGCUGAGAGUCGGUCCCGCCCGGAGGAACCUCUUCGGCCCAGUCGACCACCAGCAGCUCCAGCAGGAAUUCCAGCAGCUCCUCAGAAUGAGCGUGGAGGUCGCCAACAAGCGCUGGAACUUCGACUUCCAGAGGGACAUGCCAGGCGAGGGCGCAAGCGUGGAGUGGGAGGGGCUGAGGUGCCAGGAUGUGCCGGCGUUUUACAGGACCUGCUUGGUAAAGCCUCGGGUCACAGCGAGAAGAAACGUGAGGAGCAACUCACUGUCAUCAGACGAGGCCAGCUCCCCCGUCUCCCGCAGCUCGUCAGGCUCCGGAGACGAGUACCUGGAAGUGACCACAAGAGGGCGCUACCAACUAGAGCGGCUAGAAAAGCGCAAACAGUCGGCUAUCACAGAUUUCUUUAAGGUGAAAAAGAGGAAGCUUCUGCAUUGCAAAACGUCCUCUCGGCAGUAGAAAAGUGCAACCACCUCCAGAGGAACAUCACUAAGUGCUCUCCACUUCUCUACACUCAACCUGAUGUAGAUCUUUUGUAUAUAUGUAGCAAUUUAAUCCAGACAUUUAAUAAGCUCAUACAAGCUUGGGCCUUAAAACCUUGGAAUUCACCUCGCGUUUAAUUUUCAGCACAAGGAAGCUACCUAAUUUAGUCAGGCUCGGAUUCUAGUAUUCUGUGGAUAUAUAUAUUAUAUAUAUAUAUAGAUAUAUAUAUACUUAUACUGUAUUUUUCUAUACGGUUUUGCUCAGCUUUUUACAAUACUGUGAAAUAAUUGCAAAUGCACUCAUUCAGGAUCCUAAAACAGAAAAAAUAGGAUACCAGAUUAUAGAGGUUGACAUUAGUCUCUGAUCUGUUCAUUUAUUAGUAUUAUAAUUAUUUUGUUCCAACUCAUUCCCUGUUAUCGAUCUUAGCAGUUUCCUACUGCCGGCACGCUCAGCACACGCUGUGCUUUGGUUUCACCCAGAGGCUCUAAAAGCUUGAGUCAGAUCAGGGGUCAAAAGGCGGCCGCAUCCCUUUCAUUAGCUCCAGCCUGGAGCGUAGUAGUAAAAAUUAUUUAUAUUUGUCACGUUGCAAGAUUAUUUUCUAAAAUAAUAGCUAAAAAAAAAAGAGCAUAACCAUAAUCCGUUGUGGAAAACGAGGUAAGAUAAACACAAACUGCCGUGCCUUGCAGCAUUUGGACUUGAUGACAAUCUCUGUAACACUCCCAACUUUGUAAAUCUAUAAAGGCUUUAAACAGGAAGUCAUUAAAAACUCCAAAGUUCAACAAAGAAUAAUAAUAAUGUACAAAUAAACUACUUUUGCUUUGUAAUAUCAGCAUAAUAGGGGUUUGUAACGAUCGUUUGAGCAACAUGAUGGAACAUGUUGAGUGUUUUAGUCAGCUUUAUGCUUGUAAUAUGUAGCAUUUUCCAUUUAUUUUGAUCCAUUAAGGGAACGUGGUGUUUUUAGUUUCUCCAGAGAUUUCAAAUACUUUCUUUUUUUUUUAGCAUAAAAUAUAAAAAGUAAAGCUCUCUCCUGCGUAUUUCGUUGCGAUCCAGUUCUUUGAUUCUGCAUGCAGGCGAAUGUCACAAUUGGGGGAAAAAAGAUGGAGGCAGCCGAGGAAUGGAUCCCAAAGGGAUUUAUUGUUUGGACAGAAUUUAUUUUUAUCCUUUUUAUUGUCCAUAACAAAUCCUCUUAACCUGGGUUUAAAUCUAUCUGUAGCUUUAUAUAUAUAAUUUUUUUAUGCUAAUUUCCCCUAAAGGGUUAAAGAUUUGCCCAAAAAAUGACUUUUAAGCACAUGAGCCUUUGAUGGCAACAAAUCCAAGAUGUUCUGAUCAUCUAUGUUCAUUAAUAACAGCUAAUGGCUCCGUUCUUGUACCUCUUUUGAUUUUAUCAAGCCAUACGAAGCAGAAAGAGCAGGAUUUUAGAUGUUUGCUGUCAGCAGGUUUCUCCAUCUAUGGGAUAUUGCAGCAGUAGUUUUACACAAAUAGCCAUAUUAUGCUGGAUUUAUCCUCUCUUACUACCUCAACGAGAUAUUCGAUGAUUUCAUUAAAGCAGCUGAGCCCGUUUAUGUUUAGGGGACAUGAAAGUGAAGAUUGAAGAGAGAGAUUGAGGUUCUGUUGUGGUGGGUUAGAGCGGUGGCCCCUGGGAGGCGGGGUGAGGGCUGCUGCGUGGGUUUGGCCGCUUUUGUUUUGCUUCAAUUUUCGUGUGAGUUUUCCCUGAACAGAUAAGGCAAGUGGAGCAGCAAUAGGGGGGGAUAAAGCAACUAUAUAUAUAUAUA